GCUGUAAAAGACGAUACGCAACACGUUGUGGCACGUUACCCUUCUGAUCUGCGCAUUCCUUUUCGCUAUUGUUAAGCUCGUGAUGGUGACGCCUCUCGUAAGGAAUGUUCUUUCCACCUAGGCGUAACGAUGUUCGUGGAAGGGCCCAUGGCGGGCGGGGAGGCAGGAGUAAGGGAGAAUUAACAGCACAGGAGGAAUUGGCCAAGGCUAGAGAGGAACGCGAACGCCGUAAGCGACAAAAGCUAGAGCAGAAAUCAGCCGUUGUCAUCCAGGCCGCUUGGCGAGGCUGGUCUUCUCGUUGCACUACAAGGAGAGCAGCAAGGAGCCAGUGGAACGAUAGAUAUGGCAGCGAGGGCCAGCUGCUGCAAGCACGGGAUUGCUUCGGCCUCCAAUCUGGUGGGGCGCUGGGCUCUCUCCUCCGCUUUUACCACCCAGCGACGGACCUGCAACGCCUCGCGAGCAUUGCUCGGGUGUACGCGGGUUCCAGCAAGAGCGAUGAGUUUACAGCUUUCAUCUCUGCAUAUACCACGGCAGAGGGCCGGGCAGCGGUGCAAUACCGGCUAAAGACGCUGGCGCUGCAAUGCCUGAUGACGCUCUCUUGGCACAGGCUGUCCCUGGCUCCCCAGCUUGCCGCCGCCCGCCCCACCGCCCCCCUGGACGCCUCCAGCGGCGGUCCCGCGGGCGCCCUGCUGGAGUGCCUGCUGCAGCUCGUGUCUCCCGACCUGUACGCCCCGGCGCUGGGCAGGGCUCAGGCGGCCGGCCUCAGCGCCGCGCUGCUCACCCACCUGGCGGACCACGGCAUGUGCCAGCACCUCUUUAUGAUCCUAGCAGCGGCGCUGGCGCCAGCCAUAAGGCCCCCUUCAGCAUCAGCAGCAGCAGCAGCACCGUCGACAGUACCCCUGCCGUACAGCAGCCACCCUGUGGCUCCGAAACCCUACGUGGAGGCGCUGGUGACGCAGCUCACGGUGCGGCUGCUGGCGCUUAAAUCCUGGUCGCCGCCGCUGACGGCGCCCGAACAGUCGCUACACUGCCUCCUGUUCCUGCCGGACCUCUGGCGGCGGUGCAGGUCGCUGCAGCCCGUGGCGCCCCG